AUGGCUGCCAGCAAUUUUAAACGGCCCCCGAUGGGCUUAACAGCCACACAUCGAGCCGGCGUCCGACAGCGAGGACUCAGAGGCAGCGACAACCCAUGGAAGGACAAGGACACGCCCGUACGGCAAGGAAAGCCCGCCAGGCCCUCAAGGAGUGCCGGUGGCAGUUUCGGAGCGGGCGGCACAACCGGCCUUGCGGGUGUUGGGUCAGCCGCCGGCGCGGGCCGGCUAGCUUCUCGCCUGGCGGCGGCGGCGCCGCCACCUCCCCCUUCGGAGACCACCAUUACAGAUCCCAUUAACGUGACGCUGCUGGACGAACUCAGCCCACCGGAGGCGGCUCCGGAACCCAGGUGGAGCACCUUUUGCUCCCAUCUGGAGGGGCAGUGGGUGGGCCAGUACGGGGCAUACACACCGUGGGAAGGCAAACCCGAGCCAGCAUGGAUGGACGAGCGAGGAAAGUACAUCACUCUGGUUUACACUCGGGCUCUGGAGCAGCGCGUCAAAUAUCCUGUCGUACAGGAUGUGAAUGGGGAUGGGGAGCAUGUGCCGGCGGGGAAGGCAGCAGCAGGAGCAGGAGCAGGCCAUGAUGAAAAAGCCGCUGCUGCGAGGGUGACAUCCCUGGAGGCGGAGAAGGACUUUGCCGGCGCUCUGGCUCACGAAGCCGACCUGCUCGUCCGCAAAAUCGGCCGAUGCACCAAACUGGCAGCCCUGUCGGACUUGCGGCUGCGGCCCCCGGCAGCGGCUGCCGCUGCGGCAACCCCAGUCGACGCCGGCGCCACGGAUGGAGAGCCGUCAGCGUCGGGGGCUGGGAUGGUGUACGACAUCUUGGACGAAGAGGAGGAGGAGGAUGUGGACGUAGAAGCUUUGACGUUCAAUUCCGACGGUGUCGUGGUGUUCGAUGGCGGCAACUAUUCCGCGGGCCCCGAGUAUAUCGGUCAGCAACCCAUAAAGCUGGUGAACAGUGAUACGAUAAUGGGCCUAAGUGAAGACGAUCAGGCGGAUGAUGAUGUAGCGGCGGCGGCCGCGCGGGCUCGCAGCGGCGCCGCCGCCAGCACAUCUGCGUCGCUGGGCGGGGCCGCGAAGGCAAAAAGCGCGGCGGCGGCGGCGGCGGCGGCAAGCCGCGGUGCAGCCGCGACAUACGGGAUGAACAACAAUAGUGGCGGUGAUGAUGAUGGUGAUGAUGAUGAGGACGACGACGCGGAUGGGGAUGAGGAAGAUUCUUCUGACGCCACGCUGCUGCCCACGUCUACCAGCGUGUUCGAGCAGUGUCUGGUGGACUGGGGCAGCCGCAGUCGUAUGCGCCUCAAGUUGACGCUGAGGAUUGGACAGCUCGAGAACGGCGAAGUGGACGUGGAGGUCCUCCGCAUACUGUUAUUCACGGAGGAGUGGGUGGGUCCUGCAAGCGCGGUCUCCCCGCCCAGCCAGGUUAAGAUUCUAGAGAAACCCUGUACGGCACUGCCCCGGCCCACACCCGUACAGCUCCAGCUUCACUCGUUUGCGGGCUCUUGGAACGUCUUCACGACGUGUGCCACAAGUGUGGAUGAGGUGGACCCCCGCUCGGGCGAGGAGCAAGUGGUGUGGGUAUACAGCAGUACGGAAGAACAGCAGCUGUGGGAUACCUCUGCCCUACCCCCGUCCGGAGAUGACGGCGGCUGCUUCUGGCUACCAGGGGGUGUCGUACUCAGCCUGCGCAUGGUGGAUAAUUACGUGCCUGUGGAUCUGGAUUUGGAUUCCGAAUCCGGGGGAUCUGGAUCUGAGUCGGAUCGCGGCGGCGGCGGAGCGAGCACCAACGGUAACGGUAACGGAAAUGGAUUGGAGAGCUCGCGGACAUACCCUCGGGGACUGUGUUUGGGGAUGGCGUGGCUUUGGCGGGAGGGCAGCGUGUCGGUUUUGGAGCGCGAGUACGACGGGUACGGUUAUCUGCGGGAGGUACGACUAUCGCAAGGGGUCAAGGGGGGCUGGGCCGGGGGCCGGAUGUGA